AUGUCUGAUGAUGAUGACUUCAUGCAAGAUUCUGGUGACGAGGAUUAUGACUUUGAAUACGAGGACGCAGACGAAGAUGAGUCGGGGGACGUUGGAAUCGAGAACAAAUACUACAAUGCGAAACAGAUCAAGAUCGACAACCCGGAGGAGGCAAUAGAUGAGUUUCUGGGUGUACCGGCGUUGGAAGAAGAGAAAGGCGACUGGGGCUUCAAAGGACUGAAACAAGCGAUCAAGCUAGAAUUCAAACUCGGGAGAUAUGGCGAUGCAGUUGAACACUACCGAGAGCUUCUUACGUACGUCAAAUCCGCCGUCACUCGCAACUACUCCGAGAAAUCGAUCAACAACAUGCUCGACUACAUCGAAAAGGCUUCGGACGAUGACAAGGCAUACCAGUGCAUGGAGGAAUUCUAUUCGUUGACGCUCAACUCAUUUCAGAAUACCAACAACGAGCGACUGUGGCUUAAGACCAAUAUCAAGCUGGCACGCCUCUGGUUGGAGCGCAAGGAAUACGGGCAGCUGAGCAAGAAGGUGCGCGAGCUACAUCGCGCAUGCCAACGGGAGGAUGGAUCGGACGACCCCAGUAAAGGGACAUAUUUGCUUGAGUUGUAUGCUCUGGAAAUUCAGAUGUAUGCCGAAACAAAGAACAACAAGCGCCUCAAGGCGCUCUACCAGCGCGCGCUCCGUGUGCGAUCGGCGGUACCGCAUCCUAAGAUCAUGGGGAUCAUCCGCGAGUGCGGAGGCAAAAUGCACAUGAGCGAAGAGAACUGGGAAGAAGCCCAGAGCGACUUUUUCGAAUCCUUUCGGAACUACGAUGAGGCGGGCUCGAUGCAGCGGAUUCAGGUUCUUAAGUACCUGGUGCUCACCACGAUGUUGAUGAAGUCCGACAUCAACCCGUUCGACUCGCAGGAGACCAAGCCUUACAAGAACGAUCCGCGCAUCUCCGCCAUGACUGACUUGGUCGAUGCAUUCCAGCGAGACGACAUCCAUGCAUACGAGGCGGUUCUGAGCAAGAAUCCGGAUGUUCUGGCGGACCCUUUCAUCGCCGAGAACAUUGACGAGGUAAGCCGAAACAUGCGGACCAAGGCUGUUCUCAAGUUUAUUGCACCGUACACACGGUUUUCCCUCAGUUUCAUCUCCAAGCACAUCAAAAUCUCCGUCCCCGAGGUUCAGGAUAUCCUCAGUUUCCUGAUCCUUGACAAGAAGUUGAACGCCAAGAUCGACCAGGAAAAUGGGACGGUCGUGGUGGAGAGUGCUAGCGAUGUGGAGCGGCUGCGAGCUCUUCAGGAGUGGUCCGCAUCGCUCCGCACACUAUGGCGAGCGGCUUUGAUUGACGGCGAAGGAUUCAAGAACGAUGAGCUAUCGCAGCUUCAUGGGAUGCGAGGAGGCACGAUGCUCCAAUCGGGAUUAGGAGGCGAGGCGCCUACGGCGGGUUUACGUGCUGGCAACGCCCGAUCACGGGCCGGAUGGAAAGGCAAAGGUGGCCAGGGUUCCAAGGCUGGCCUGGGAGCAUUCUAG